AUAUGGGUCCGUUUUUUUCCAGCCUCUCUAUAUUUUUACAAGCCUGGGAUAUUAGCACCUCUAUGAGAGAGCUGGAAACACUUUCCCUAUGUGGUUAUCCAACAGGAGCACAGCCAUCAACUCUAUCACACCCCAAGUUACCAGUUUUCAUGGACGGGUGACCUGGACUUCCCCAUAAGCUGUAAAUGACGGCACUGUUCGUGCAGCCUUGAGUCGAGUGUUACUACAACUCAAGAGCACCACAGGACAUUGAAGAUCUCCAGCAGCAGGUGGACCUGAGGACUCCAAGACAAUGGCUUCCAUUGGGGACUUUGACCCUGUGCACACCAGCGUGCCAGCCACAAAGAUAGAGAUCACUGUGUCAUGCAGGAGCCUGCUGGAUAUGGAUACAUUUUCCAAAUCUGACCCAGUGGUCGUCUUGUAUGUGCAGGGAGUAGGAAACAAAGAAUGGGCUGAGUUUGGCCGGACAGAAGUCAUCGACAACACCCUCAAUCCAGACUUUGUCCGAAAGUUUGUGUUGGAUUAUUUCUUUGAAGAGAAGCAGAACCUGAGGUUUGAUGUGUUCAAUGUGGACUCCCGGAGCUGUAAUAUAUCAAAACACGAUUUCCUGGGCCAGAUGUUUUGCACACUUGGGGAAGUUAUUGGGUCACAGAGAAGCCGGCUGGAGAAGCCUUUGACGGGUAUUCCAGGAAAGAAAUGUGGGACCCUAAUCUUAUCAGCCGAAGAGCUCAGCAAUUGUCGGGACAUUGUUACUAUGCAGCUGUGCGCUAACAAGUUGGACAAGAAAGACUUCUUCGGAAAAUCAGACCCGUUCCUUGUAUUCUACCGCAGUAAUGAGGAUGGCACGUUCACUAUUUGUCACAAGACAGAAGUUGUGAAAAACACAUUAAAUCCUGUUUGGCAGCCGUUCACCAUCCCCGUGCGAGCCUUGUGCAAUGGUGACUAUGACAGAACGGUGAAAGUGGAUGUUUAUGACUGGGACAGGGGAGGAAGUCAUGACUUCAUCGGGGAAUUUACUACAAGUUACAGGGAGCUAUCCAGAGGCCAGAGCCAGUUCAGCGUAUAUGAGGUAUUAAAUCCGAAAAAGAAGUGCAAAAAGAAGAAAUAUAUCAACUCGGGGACAGUGACACUUCUGUCCUUCAAGGCGGAGUCUGAGUACACAUUUGUGGAUUACAUCAAAGGAGGGACGCAAUUAAACUUCACAGUAGCCAUUGAUUUUACAGCUUCGAACGGUAACCCCUCACAGCCCACCUCUCUCCACUACAUGAAUCCCUACCAGUUAAACGCAUAUGGCAUGGCCCUGAAAGCUGUGGGAGAGAUAAUACAGGACUACGACAGUGACAAACUAUUCCCAGCUUACGGCUUUGGUGCCAAGAUCCCACCAGAUGGCAAGAUUUCCCAUGAAUUCCCACUGAACGGUGAUGUUGAAAAUCCAAACUGUGUGGGAAUACAGGGUGUGCUGGAGGCGUACUUUAAAAGUCUGCGAACGGUUCAGCUCUACGGUCCGACCAACUUUGCACCCGUUAUAAAUCAGGUGGCGAGUGCUGCAGGUCAGGUAACUGAUGGGUCUCAGUACUACGUCCUUUUGAUCAUCACCGAUGGAGUCAUCUCUGAUAUGGCACAGACCAAAGAGGCGGUUGUAAACGCUUCAUCGUUACCACUGUCAAUUAUCAUAGUAGGAGUUGGACCAGCAGAGUUUGAUGCAAUGGAAGAACUGGACGGAGAUGAGGUCCGGGUUUCCUCCAGAGGCCGCUAUGCAGAAAGAGACAUUGUGCAGUUUGUGCCAUUCCGUGACUAUGUGGACCGCUCUGGGAACCAAGUGCUGAGCAUGGCGAGACUUGCCAAGGAUGUCCUAGCUGAGAUUCCAGAGCAGUUCCUCUCCUACAUGAAAUCACGUGAGAUCAAGCCCCGGCCACUGCCGCCUUCCGCCCCCAUUCAGAGCCUUCCCUCGCACAUCUGAGCACCGACCACGCUAUUCCGUCCUGCACAGAAUGGAUCCCCCCCCCCUCCCCGCCACCAUAUGAUAAAAAAGACAGGGUUUCGCUUUGACCUCCCAAUCUCCUCUCCCUCAGUCUGGCAUCUGCUUAGUCAUGGGAUAUGCCUGCUAAUUGCAUCUCUAAUAAACUAGCUGCACCCCAAUCUUCCAGGGGUUAUGCAAUAUACGGACUGGAAUUCCUAACCCUGGAUUAAUACUACUGAUCCUUCCGAAGGCAAGACUGGACUUCUUGUGCACAAGACUUUUGGUGGUCCACUGACAAUGGAAGGCAGCAGUGAGAUGGUCUCAAUGACAUAUACAUUACUUGGGAGGGAAGGGGGGGGGGGGGGGGAGGGAGGUGGUAGCAGCAGGUUUUGCACUAAGAAUUGAUGCAGUGCUAGGUGGGUCAUGCUGAAUGGAUACAGUGCUAGGUGGGUCAUGCUGAAUGGAUAUAGUGCUAGGUGGGUCAUGCUGUACAGUAUUUAAGAACUUUUUUUUUUUUUUUCAGAAUUUAAAGUAUACAAAUAAUGUACAUUUGUGCUUUCUGAGGAAUUGUAUACUGUAGUCCUCAUCUGUCUCCAGAUAUAUACAAAUAAACCUUUAAGCUAAACUGU